GUUCGACCAACUUUUCCGGGCAACAAUUUCCUCACCCAGACACGUGCCUUUGCUGGCCACACAAGCCAUUCGCGUAGUGUCGUCCUGCCAUGACAAUGCCUUUUGUGGCUGAUGCACUGCACUUGGACGGCCCAUCGCAGCCUCAGACUCAUGCAGGCAAAGGAUCGUUGCAACUCCAUCGGACCACCAUCUUUGCCAUCGCGUGGGUGCUCACGCUGCUCACGUCGGGUGGUUUGUGUUUUGGGUAACAACGGCUUCAACAUCCAAAGACUCUGGCAUGAAUGAUCAUGGAACACGCAUCUAUCUACACCUACGUAGGUUUGGACCAUUCUACAGUCGCCUCGUCAAGGAACACCAGUGGCACGAGCUGUGCCCGGACAACACCACCUCAGUGUGCUCAGCCCAAGAAGUGCAGUUGCAAACUGUGUAUUCCACUGGGAUUCUCAUGACAGUGUUGGGUCAAACGGUCUUUGGGCUGCUCCUGGACACCAUCGGGCCUCGCUACAUGACCCUUGUGGCAUAUGUGUUUUCCAUUGCUGGCAACGUAUGCUUAGCAGUGGGCGACUCCCGUGAUGGCACCGAUGGCCUUCUCGUGGCCGGGUACGCCUUGAUUGGGUUUGGCGGCAUGCGCAUCUUGUAUGCGUCGUUGCAACUGUCGACGCUAUUCAACGAGCCAGCGCUAUACACGAGUCUGCUCGUCGCUGCGUACAGCUUUUCUGGGUAUAUCUUUGUGUUAUUGGAGCUAGACGUUGCCCGCCAGAGUUUUUUCGUCGGCUACGCCCUGUUGGUGGCGGCGUCCAUGGUACUCGCCUACGCUGUCUUCCCCGUGCACCACAUCCUCACGCAAAGCCCGACCGUGACCACUCCUGGCUUUGCAGUCGUCCGCUCCCAUGUUGAUCGGCCCAAACUCGACCAAUUGUGGGUUGGACUGAAGCGCCAGGUGAAGCGUCGCGACUACUGGGUCUAUGUGUCCCUGGGGUCAAUGCUAUUUUUGGUCGUGAUCUUCGGUGGCGGCGCCAUGCCCAGCAUCAUUGCCGCCUCCCGCGUCCCGGCCAAUGAUUCCCAACAUGACAACCAUGACCUCCAACGCGUGUACACCAACUAUCUGUAUCCGCUGAUCUCGAACUCGUCGUUUUUGUUUUCGCCUCUUGCGGGGUACCUCGUGGUGCAUUUCGGCUUUCGCAAGACAUUUUACACCACAAUUGGCAUUUUCGCGUUGCUUUGCGGAUCGUUCAUGCUGCCGUCAUUGCCGGCUCAAAAUGCCACUUUUGUGCUCAUGGCCGCCGCCAAUGCAUUUCUCACCACCAUGCAAUACGUGUACAUCAUGACGUGCUUUCCACAUGAAUUGUACGGCGUGCUCUCGGGCGUGACGACCACGCUUGUAUUUGUGUACGGAUUGCUCAGCUACCCGCUCAUGGCCCUGGCGCAGUACUCAUUCGACGGCAACAACACCUACGUGUUCCUCAUCCUCCUUGGCACGACCGUAGCCGCCAUCUUCCUCGUGCCGUUUGCGCGGGAAGAGGCGGAGUGCUUUGACGCGGACCUCCAUCUCGACUUGUUGGAGCAUGCCAGCAGAAUAGAACAAGCCCAAGUAUGACCACGUUGUUUCAUUUGUCUGUCGAAUCGAGCGUCGUCCCGUGGAGCUGGCGUUGGUUAUAUGCAGGUUUUUGUAUACAGCGUUGGUCACCCUUGCAAGAAUGUCGUGCUUUCUACUUAGCAUAUCAAUGUGUUCCAUCAUAUAUGGUAGUACUGUAUGGCUUAAGGCAAUUUUAACUUUGAAACCCCC